UAAAUAAGGAAUAUAAUUCUACUGGAUUCUAAAAUUAAUCGCGAAAUGCCAUUUUCGAAUACAAAAAUAAGCGACACACCAUGGUGCGAGCCUAAUUAAAGAGAAACCCUAUAUAUAUAAAGGGGGUGAAAAGAUUCCAUGAAUGAUGAACGUUAUGAACGUCAAGGAGACGCACUCAAUUAACAAUUCUGGCCAUGAGCGAUUUUACUAAAAUCCUACGAAAUGAAGAGCAGCAAGGGUCUAAUCUAGGUGAGCCCAACGUGCCCUGCUUGUUCAGCCCGGCCGCAGACAAGUCAACAGAAGAACCGCCAAAUCAGCAGCACCAAUGGGAUCACGAUGCUUCGCCGUUUCUUUCAAAGCCUCGUUUGUUUCGAAUGAGUCAUCUGACUGGUGAGCGGAGAGCGACAGAGAACUUGCUUGACGUACUGAAGAGAGUCAUCGGAGCACGACGCAGUACGAAAAGCUUUGUUUACCGUAAGAUACGGCCGACGAUGGCAUCAGAUAGGAACGACAUCAGGGAUCUAAGCGACGUUAUUCUGCAGGAUAAUUCGGAUACCGAAACGCACACACAGUACAAACGCAAAUUGAGUAAAAAGCCAAAGAGAAUACUGCAGUUUUCGGAUGGAGUAAUGGAGGAAUAUUCAUCAGAAGAUGAAGUUGACACACCAAAAAAUAAAAUUGUGUCGCAGAUAGAUACUAAAAAUAUGAAUUGGUUACCAUGGGCAUGGUACCAAACCACAUGGUUCAGUUCUAAAAUGUUGGACGGUUGUGAUUACGUUGGUGAAUGCUUGGCCAAUUUCUUUGGCAUAACAGCGCCCAAGUAUCAGUUCGAGAUCAAUGAGUUUUAUAGGCUACAAGCACUCGAAAAAGAAAUGUUCCACAAACAAGAUUUAGAAAUGGGCGGAUGGAACGAACAAAAUAGAAACAACCUUAUAAAUAGCGAUACUAAAUUGACAAAUGAAUGUAAGUAAUGACGUAAAGUGUAAAGAUUUAAUACUGAUAAAACAUGUUACAUAUAAGAAAUGCUCUAAUUUACAAUGCAUUUAAAAUAUUGUCUAUACAUAGUUUUAAUUG